GGGUUACAAAACAUCACAUGCUACUUGACAAUUGACUCCUUUGUCAACGAAGUGCGGCAAACUGUGUCCCAACCCACGUCUCAAGUCGACCUGUGCGCCCAUCACCUUGGACUGCUCAUGAGCGAAGACUCCCUACUAUUCCCUGGGAUCCCGUCGGUCGUCGCAUCCGUUCUGGCCCACAGCAGCACAACUCCUCCGAUAGCAGGACCUGGCGGCAUGGCGGACUUAUCCAUCACACCUCCUUCCGCACCAAUUCCUUGGGAGGAGUCAACUGGGGAUGAGAAGCGAUGUUGGAUCUGCUUUCUGGAGGAGGACGAGGAAGAGCCUUCGAAACGCUUGAAAUGGGUUCGGCCUUGCAAGUGCAAGAAUUCGCUGAAGUACGCGCACGAAGACUGCCUCCUGAAGUGGAUUGCGGAAAAGCAGGAACCUGGAAAUACCGAUGUAAAGUGCCCGGCCUGUGGGCACGUGUAUGCAGUUGACGAAUCUCGAGAUGUGGUCUUGUCCGUGUUCAGUUUCGUUGAUGGAUCUAUCCAAUCAUUCGUGCCAUACGUCACAUUGGCUGGGAUGUCGAUGGCAUUUUAUGUAGUGUCUACGACGUAUGGAGCAUACGCUGUCAUGACAAUGUGCGGGCCUGAUCACGGAGAGCAGAUCUUGAGUGAGGCAAAUUGGGGCUGGCGGACAUGGGUUGGACUGCCCCUCAUUCCCCUUGGGCUGGUAUUCUCAAGAUUGAGCUCCGCGGACGCAGCUCUUCCACUUCUACCAUUCCUAGUUCUUGGGAAUGAUCAGAUCCGCCUAUCUUUCCCGCCAUCGCCAGCGUUGACGAUCUGCUUGAUGCCUUGGGUCAGGCUCGGUUACAAUGCGGUUUGGGCUAAACUGCUGCCAUUCUUCCGGAGGGCAAAAGCAAAUCGUUCAGCACGAGCGAUACCUCGACCAUAUGCAGUGAAUGCCGGUCUUGCAGGUGCUGGCGAAGAUGAUCAGGAAGACGGGCCGCUACGAGAAGUCUCGGUGGAGCGGAGGGAUGGACAACGACUUGUACUUGGCAGCCUCUUUCUGCCAGCUGUGUCUUCGAUGAUGGGAACGUUGUUGGGAACCAUCCCAUGGGUUCGACAAAAGCUGCCUGACCCAUUCCAUCGAAAUGUACUGGGAGGAUGCUUAUUCAUCCUUGGCAAGGACGUCGUCUCUACCAUCUACCGCUCUCAGAGGCGGAGACAGCAUCGCACCAGAAGGGUCAAGGAGUACCGCGGAGAUUGAUGUUGUGCUUAUUCGUUGGUCUAGGCUUUUUCAUUUGUCGACUGUCUACAAUUUCUUGGGUCUGAGUCUUCUCAUUGUCUUUGUGUACAAUUCUAGCAAAAUACAGUAUGUAGUUGAAGGACAGUGUUCAAUAAAAUGAAGUGUGUACAUGUCCAA